GGGGGACAGGAGGAAAAAGACAAGACAAGGGGGACCCAGACUGAGAGGGAAGAUGGCUGAACCGGAGCUGAAAUCACGGAGCAGUCGGGAGAGCGUUGCCAAGGCGGCGAGCCAGGAGAAGAUGGGGGCAGAUCAAGCAGAGCCAGACCAAGAUGGUCUGAUUGUGGAGCAGCCAGGAUCUCCAUCUACCCCCAUGGUCUCUGCUCCCAGUGCCACAAGCCCCACUAACGGCUCACCCGGCAAAGGGGAGAAGAUCGAGCUCAAACGCAGCAUCACCCUCUUCAACGGUGUGGGAAUGAUCAUAGGCACCAUCAUCGGCUCGGGCAUUUUCGUCACUCCGACGGGUGUGGUCAAAGAAACUGGCUCGGCUGGGCUCUCCCUGAUCAUCUGGUCUGCUUGUGGAGUGGUCUCUACUAUGGGCGCCCUAUGCUAUGCCGAGCUGGGCACCACCAUCACUAAGUCAGGGGGAGAUUACACUUACAUCUUGGAGGUGUACGGUGAACUGGCGGCGUUUCUGAAGCUGUGGGUGGAGAUGCUCAUCAUUCGGCCGUCAUCGCAGUAUGUGGUGUCGCUGGUGUUUGCAACCUAUCUUCUGAAACCUCUCUACCCAAACUGCACGGUGCCUGACAGUGCUGCCAAGCUCAUCGCCUGCCUGUGUCUUACAUCCCUGACAUUUGUAAACUGUAUCAGCGUGAAAGCGGCCACCAAGGUCCAGGACUUGUUCACAGCCUCCAAAUUGGUGGCCCUGAUCAUCAUCAUCCUCUUUGGCUUCAUACAGAUUUUCACAGGUGAUGUGCCGUACCUGACACCAGAAAAAGCAUUUGAAGGCAGCAAACUGGGCGUUGACAACAUUGUCUUGGCUUUAUACAGUGGUCUCUUUGCUUUUGGAGGCUGGAAUUACCUGAAUUACGUAACCGAGGAGAUGAUCAAUCCAGAGAGGAACCUGCCCUUGUCUAUCAUCAUAUCCAUGCCUAUAGUGACUGUGGUGUAUGUUCUGACCAACCUGGCCUACUUCACCACCAUCUCUCCUCAAGUUAUGGUUGAGUCCGAGGCUGUUGCCGUGAGUUUUGGGGAGUACCAUCUUGGUGUGAUGUCCUGGCUGAUUCCUGUCUUUGUGGGACUGUCCUGCUUUGGGGCUGUCAACGGAUCCCUCUUCACCUCAGCACGAUUGUUCUAUGCUGGAGCUCGAGAGGGCCAACUCCCUGCUGCUCUGGGACUGGUUCACACAGACCUUUUCACACCAGUGCCGUCCCUCAUCUUCACAUGUGUGCUGUCCAUGAUGUACGCCAUCUCCCAGGACAUCUUCUCUGUCAUCAACCUCUUCAGCUUCUUCACCUGGCUGUGUGUUGGCAUGGCCAUUGCUGGCAUGGUUUGGCUGCGCUUUACCAAGCCAGAACUCCGAAGGCCCAUCAAGGUGUGUCUGUUCAUCCCUGUGACUUUUGUUUUGGGCUGUGUCUUCAUGAUUGUCGUGUCCUUCUGGGCAGCUCCAUUUGAGUGCCUGGUGGGUAGCAGCAUUAUUCUCACAGGCAUCCCAGCGUACCUACUGGGCUACAAGUGGAAGAAACCCCAUGUGGUCAAGAAGAUGCUGGAAAUCUUCACCAUGUUCUGUCAGAAGAUCUUCAUGGCUGUUCCUGAGGAGAAGGAGCAACAUGAGGCGGCUGAGUAAUGUUGGACACACUGAACAAGAUGAAGGACUGAGUCAAUAUUUUUGUCUCAACAUUCUUGACAUGUUUACAUUCAUUCACUUGUGAUUUGGCUACAGCAGUUUUUUUUUCUUCUCUUUAAUCAAAUCAGUCAGGUAACUAUGGAACAAAUUGGUGUAUACAAGAGCAGCCUGGCAAAUUAGGUAAAGGAGGGUUUAUGUAUGAAUGCUCUUGUGUACAAAGUAUGUAGACAUAUUUCAUGAACACUACAAUGUGUUUAAAAAGACGUUUAAUCUUAGUCAGGAUUUGAAAUUUAGACAUUUUAGGCUGCUUUUAUUCUAAAUCAGUUUCACACUUAAAUCUCCUUUAAUGGGUGGACAUGCUUAUGUGUUUCAUGUUAGUUAACGGAGAGUUAUUCUCUGAUCUUAAUAUGAGUAACUGCAUCAGGCACAUAAUUAAUUGCAUCCUGAAAACACAGCAUCGGGAGCUGCGAACAAUAUACACUGAUCAGUCACAACAUUGAAUCCAGUGACUGGUUUUAAUGUUGGGGCUGAUCGGUGUACUCUAGUGGCCUAAAACAAGUAUAUUGUUUGCCUAAAGGGUACAAAUGAGUAGUUUAAUGAGACAAGAAAAACAUUUUUGACUUUAUUUACAUUUACUAAACACUAACAACCAAAACUUUGCAUAGUUUAUUAUAGUUUACAGUUUAAUACAAAAUGAAAGCUAAUAACCCCUGAAUCCAAACUGACUGAACUCAUGUAAGAAACAGUCAGUGUACAGUGUAUACAUAAGGUCAGGGAUGGAGGAACAAGUGAAUAAUUAGCAUAACAGGUUAGAUUAAACAUGCAGGCUACUAAUAUUUGAGUUAAACUAAUAUUAAUUUCUAUAUUUGUAUUUUUGUAUUCAUUUGUAAAACGAAUCCACAGCACUGUCUUAAAGCACAAACUGAAGUGAGACUAAACAGUGUACGUAAUGUUUCCUUAAGAUGUGUUGCUGUGAAACGGGUCUGUUUCUUGUAUCAUUUUAUUCUCAGUGUCGGUGCUCCAUACGUGAUGAUCUUUGAGGAAAUGACAGCAGAUACCAGCACCUGUUUGUGAGGCAUUAUUAUAAGAAACUGAAGAGCUGUAUAGAUGUCAUUUUAAUGGCUGUAUUUAGUAAUCUCCAUUGUAGUGUUAGUGUUUUGUAUUGCAUCUAUCUAUUAUCUGUGCCAGCCGUGUCAAUGCUGAUAUUCCAAAUUUUUUUUUUUGUUUUAUCGUCACUGUAAGACCAAAAUGAAUGUUGCAAAUUUAGUGACAUGCUUUUUUUUUAAAGUAGGAAAUUUUCUAUAAAAAUCAUACUUUUAAACUGGCUAUCUGAGGUUUUCCCAAAGUUAUUGCAAGCACUUUCCCUGUCCACUCAAGAUAGCAACAGUCCCCUUAAACGUCAACCAGCGGAAUGUGGAUUGUCAGUCUCUGCUCGUUUCAUUGCUGACAGUCCAGGUUUUGCAGGACACUGUGAAAGCAACUGAACGUGUAAAACAGAAAGAGACUGCUCCAGCAUGAAUGGAGCUAAAGAUUUGACAGUUUCUUGCAAUGCCAGACAACAGAACAAUAGAAAAAUGAUAGAAAAAUGUGUCCAGCAUCCCUUUCACAACAGGAGAUGAUAUGUGUUCUUUCUUUUUUGAGAAGCGCUCUUCAACCAUCAGCUUAUUUGACAGAAAUUGGACCAAGGCAUCACAACAAAUUGGACAAAUAUUGAAGUUUAAAAACACCACCAUGGCAAUUAGUUUACAUAUAAAAGAAGAGGGACACAUCGUCCCCCUAUGGCAUCUAACAGAUUUUAAGAAAAAGAAUGAAGGCUGAAAAAGGCACAUUUAUUAUACAUUUUUUUUGUAUCAAGCACCAUUUUCACUUCGGGAUUUUUUAGACUUCAUCACAAUCAGAUAAUUGUGAGCACAACUAACAGCACAACACUUGAAGGAAGAAAACUGUAUUUGCCCUUUAUCAAACAAAUCAGAUUAAAUUAAAACAGCACAUGGGUCUAAAAACACAGCAUAUCACUGAUUGAGAUUGAUACAAACUUUUUCUGCUGCCCUCAUCCUAAGUUUUAUGUAUUUUAUGCACAACAUACUGGAUCUGUGUAAACAAAGUAUUACUAUAUGUAUGAACUGAUAAUGCCUUUAAUGGUGUUUGUCUAAUGAAAUGUUAUGGAGAAAAAUUAAACUCUAAUAGCAUAUUUUUAAUCUUAAAAACUGCAAGUAUCUAUGUCAGUU